AUGGUUGUAGUAGUCGUACAACGGGUCGCUAGGUCGCGCGACAUAUGGUGCUACAAAACGCAUAUGUCGUGCGACUUGGUCGCAUCAUCGUUCAACCGUUGCAGCCGUUGUACGACUGUUGCACCCGGAAACAUGAAAAUAAUCGCACGAUUACGUCUCACGACUGUUGUAUCCUGGUGCAGUGGUCGUUCACCUCUCGUACGAUUGGUUAAGUCUAUUGGUGUGUCGAACUUCAAUCAUAAACAACUUGAUCGCAUCCUUGAUAUUGCGAAGUAUACACCGGUGAUAAAUCAGAUCGAAAUACAUCCUUAUAACGCAAGCUGUAAUAUGAUUGAAUGGUGUAAAUCACGUGAAAUUGCUAUUACGUCAUACAGUUCGUUUGGCGGUUGUCAGACUGAUAGACAAGGAGCCAAGGAAGAUGAUCCUAACCCACUUGAAUGCCCAGUCGUGAAAACAAUUGCUGAAAAGUAUGGUAAAACACCUGCACAAGUAUUGCUUCGAUUCUCAAUCGAUCGUGGAUGUUCUGUCAUACCAAAGAGUGUCAAUCCCAAAAGAAUGAAGGAAAACAUAGAGAUUUUUGAUUUUAAACUCACAUCUGAUGAUAUCAAAUCUGUCGAAUCGUUUGAUCGUGGUUGGAGACAAGCUGAAGUAUCACUCUGGUCUCUAAUCACUGUAACGUACUUGUCAGAAAAGCCUCCUUCCGCACUGAUGGUGCCUACAAUGACCGCGACAUGA